CCUUCCUCCCGCGCGGCCUCUUCCGGAAUAGGGCCCACCCCCAGCCCAUGCGAAGCCCCGGCCACCGGCGCCGCCCCCUUUGCGCUCGCGCGAGCCGCGGCCGGCGUUGUCCGCCGCCACCGCGUGCCUCCACCGCCCCUCGCCGCCGCCGCCGCCGCCGCCGCGCUCGCUGGCUGGCCCGGUGCGGGCGGCGGACUCCCGCCGGAGGAGAGGACAGCCAGCGCCGCCGCCGCCGCCGCCGCUUCGGCCAGAGCCAGGACCCCGACCCCGAUCCCGUCCCGGGCCCCAGCGCCAGCCGGCCGCCUGGUCGGGCGAUGAAGUGUCACUACGAGGCGCUAGGGGUGCGGCGCGACGCCAGUGAGGAGGAGCUCAAGAAGGCCUAUCGGAAGCUGGCCCUGAAAUGGCACCCGGAUAAAAAUCUGGAUAAUGCCGCAGAAGCAGCUGAACAAUUUAAAUUAAUCCAAGCAGCAUAUGACGUGUUGAGUGACCCUCAGGAAAGAGCAUGGUAUGAUAAUCAUAGAGAGGCCCUACUUAAAGGUGGGCUUGAUGGAGAAUAUCAAGAUGACAGCUUAGAUUUGCUACACUAUUUCACUGUUACCUGUUAUUCUGGUUAUGGAGAUGAUGAAAAGGGCUUUUACACGGUGUAUCGUAAUGUUUUUGAAAUGAUUGCAAAGGAAGAACUAGAAUCUGUGUUAGAGCAAGAGGCUGAUGAUUUCCCAACUUUUGGAGACUCCCAGAGUGACUAUGAUACGGUAGUCCAUCCUUUCUACGCUUAUUGGCAGAGUUUCUGCACUCAAAAGAAUUUUGCAUGGAAGGAAGAGUACGAUACACGACAAGCUUCAAACCGCUGGGAAAAACGAGCCAUGGAAAAAGAAAACAAAAAGAUUCGGGAUAAAGCAAGGAAAGAGAAGAACGAGCUUGUCCGUCAGCUGGUAGCUUUCAUUCGUAAAAGAGACAAGAGAGUGCAGGCGCAUCGAAAACUUGUGGAAGAACAGAAUGCAGAGAAAGCGAGGAAAGCUGAAGAGAUGAGGCGGCAGCAGAAGCUAAAGCAGGCCAAACUGGCGGAGCAGUACAGAGAACAGAGCUGGAUGACCAUGGCCAAUUUGGAGAAGGAGCUCCAGGAAAUGGAGGCACGGUAUGAGAAGGAAUUUGGAGAUGGGUCGGAUGAAAACGAAAUGGAAGAACAUGAACUCAAAGAUGGGCGGGAUGGUAAAGACAGUGAUGAGGCCGAGGACACUGAGCUCUAUGAUGACCUCUACUGUCCAGCAUGUGACAAAUCGUUCAAGACAGAAAAGGCCAUGAAGAACCACGAGAAGUCAAAGAAGCAUCGGGAAAUGGUGGCCUUGCUAAAACAACAGCUAGAGGAGGAGGAAGAAAAUUUUUCAAGACCUCAAAUUGAUGAAAAUCCAUUAGGUGACAAUUCUGAGGAAGAAACGGAAGAUGCACCAAAACAAAGAGUCAAGUAUUUGACAUUUUGAUUUAUAUUUGCUCUUAGGCUUUCUAAAAAACAGAAGAAAAAGAAACAGAAACCAGCACAGAAUUAUGAUGACAAUUUCAAUGUAAAUGGAACUGGAGAAGGAGUAAAGGUUGAUCCAAAAGAUACAAACUUAAAUCAAGACAGUGCCAAAGAAUUGGAAGAUAGUCCCCAGGAAAAUGUCAGUGUCACAGAGAUCAUUAAACCAUGUGAUGAUCCAAAAAGUCAAGCUAAAAGUGUUCCUAAACCCAAAGGAAAGAAAACCAAAGAUAUGAAAAAACCUGUCAAAGUACCUGCUGAACAACAAACAAUGAGUGAUGUUCUUAUCAACUGCACAACCUGCCAUAGUGAAUUUCCAUCUCGAAAUAAACUUUUUGACCAUCUGAAGGCCACAGGUCAUGCAAGAGCACCUUCAUCAUCAUCUUUAAACAGUGCAACAAGUAGUCGAAGCAAGAAAGAGAAACGUAAAAACAGAUAGAGAUUCUGCCUAUGCCUUUUGUUUGACUGUCUCUAGAUUUUGAAACCAAAAAACUGAACUGAAAUCAUCUAAAGAGUUAAAAUUUCAGUGAUCUGCAAUUAAUUGCAUUGUGGAAGAUUAUUUUUUACCUUGUAAAAACUUUUUUUGGUUCAAUAUAUAUAUUUUAAAUAUUACACUAGUGAUUGAAUUCUACUUUUGCCAUCUGAAUUGACUUGAAUAUCUUAAAACAGGUAAAUACUGUAAAGUAUGUAUUCUUGAUGUUUGUUGGCUCCUGUGGAUAGAAAUAUACAGGGAGAAUUACAUUAUUUUAACACAUGGAAGUGCUCCUUUCUGCUUUAUUUUGUGAAUUUCACAUUAUUUUUAUUUAUUUAAUGCUUUUAUAUUUUGUUAAUGCUUUAUAAUAUGUCAAAAACUCGCAUCUUUUAAAAAGCAUCAUAGAUCAUUUUUCCACUUGACAUCAUGACACUGGCUCUGAUUUUUAAAAUUAUUUUUAAAUAACUGAUUAUUGAUUAAUGUAUCUUUUUUCUCAAGAACAGUGAUAGAAACUAAUUGAACAUUUGUGGUUGUCUUUCAAGAAUAGUAUCUCUUCAAUGUUUUACUAUGUUGAUUUAAUUUGAUAUUUUACUGGUUUACCAGCAAGAUAUAUUGUUCAGUUUUUUGCUCAGAUUGAAAUUGUGGAGGUGGAAGCAAAUUAGUUCACAUGGCACGUCCUCCCUAGGCACAGUAACAGCUGUAAAGUAGGAUGGAACAAGGUAGCAGAUGGUACAGAAUUUAUGCUAUUUAACAAGAGAUGUGUUUAUUCAUUGGGUUUUUUUCUUCACUAUUUUCAGAAGUUUUCUUUUUUUUCUAUCAUUCAAUGGAGAAAAAUUUUGUUAAUGAAAGAUGUUGUGAUAGAGCUGAUGCUUAUACCAUCUAUUUUAUAGCAAUGAUGAAUAUUAACACGAAAUAUGGAGAACUGUUAUAACUGAGCGUUUUAACUGAGUGUUGUAACAGUCAUGUACAUUGAUUAGUGAUGAGUCCAUUUUUAGGAUGGAUUAGUCAGUUCUUUUAAUUGGUCUUGAAAGUAAUUUUAAACUAACCGACUUGAAAUGUAUACUUUGUAAAGUUAGUGCUUUCCAUAUAUCCUUGAAUCUUCAGAUGAAUAAUAUGAACAAAUUUUCGGUUAUAGAUCAGCUCUAAAACACUUGAGUUCCUAAAGGCAAGGUCUUUUCUUAUAGCUUCAUGGAUAGUAUUGAUGAUCGGUCGUCUUCUGUUACCGACUUAAAAAAAAGUAUUUGAACCUUAAAUUUUUUUCUUUUCCAUUUAGAGAUACAUUUUUUUUACUUUUCUUUCAUACCUUUCUAUUUCUUGCUAAUUUCUAUCACUAAUUCCUUAUAACUGUCUCUGCUCCCCUUCUUGAUCUCUUUAGGGAGAAUACUAGCUAGCUUUGUAUCUUCUGAUCUCUUAUCCAGAGACUUCAUCUGAAUGUGCUGUACCUUCUUUGUAUCUAAACUAGAUGAAUUGGCCAUAAUUAUGAAUAGGAAUAGUAAUAAACCAGAGGACAUACUAGUCACAUGUUAUUAUACAGUAAAAAAUAUGAAGUCAUCUUGAAAGGCAAAUAAUGUACUGCAGAUGUCCCUUAUGACUUCUUUGCUUUCUCUUGUACUGAACAUGCAGGUUUUUAAUUUGUUUCAUGAGCAUUGAUUGGAGUUACUUGUCACUUUUAUUCAGAUCAACAAAAACCAACCAUAAUUUUCAAGGGAUCUUCAUGAGUUGUGACUGGAAGCUGACCUGAGUCUUGGCGUUUCAUCCUUUGUGAUGUCAAAAAAAUCAUCUAGUUUCUCAGAACUUUUUCUUAUCUCUAACACGGUUCUUAGCGUUAUAAUAUUGUCUCCAUUUAUCAUCCAGUGAUCAUAGGAUCAUUAUGAAGGUCAAAUGAAAUAGUAUAUAUGAAAAUGCUUUUUAAACACAAAAGCUUUAUACAAAAUAUUGUUAAAUUUGAAUAAGGUAAAUCUUUUUUAGUUUAUAUAUUUGCAGACAAAAGUGUAUAUGUUGGAUUAAAUGGGCAAUUAAGUUUUAUAGGAAUUUACUUCCUAAGUCUGUAUCUAAAGAGGAACAUACCAUAUAUUAUACUAAGGGUAAAAUAUUUUUGGUGAAUUGCAGACAUUUAAUUUCACUUGUCUGAGGCAAAACAAUAAAAUACAUGGGCAUGAAUUUUACAUUGAUCUCAUUAGAGGUCAGUUCUAAGUACCUAUCUUGAUUGAAGUUAGCUCCGAUGUGGAGAUUCAUAGAAUGAGGGUUCCAGGAGGAGACGGUUAAGGAAAUCCCAUUUUCUUUCUGUAAUUCAUUAAAUGGUCCCAAAGCUGGGGGUUCCCUAUAAAGCCCAUUUAGACUUUCUCUACUUCAAAAUAAGGGCAGGAUCAUUAGCUCUAGCCAAGCAUUUUUCUAAUUCCUGCCUUUGGCCACAAAGAAGAAAAAGCAAAUCUGUGAAUGAAUUAGUGGAAGGUCAGUCACAUCAGAGCUCAUGUCCUAGUGAUUGCUGGUGAGGUAAUAUUGACAUUUUGGGACCAUGAAAAGACAUAUAAAGAAUUUCAUCAGAAGUUUUAAUUUUCUCUAAGUGUUCCCCUCCAAAAUUUUCAAAUUGGAAACUACUCUUGUAGAAGAUUGUCUGUAAAAUUGUGGUUUAACUCAUGCAGAAAGUAAAAUUCUUAUAGCAAGGCAUAGUUUCAUUUUAGAGCACCACCAAAAGCCCAUGAAUACUCUGUGUAACCUUCAACAUAAAAUAAUGAAGAGAACUUUUAGACUCUUAUGAAUUCCUAAAAUUAUUAUUUAUGUGGUAAAAGUUCUGUUUCCUAUAAUCUGCAAUGCUGAAGUAUCACUACUCAAUUUCCAUUCCUUACCUGUUAAGUUUAAUGCCUUUAUACUAAAAUUAUAGGCUCUUGGGAUUGGAGAGGAAAAUAGAGGUGAUUUUCAAAUUUCUUGUUCCAUGGAAGAGGAAGCUGAGCUCAGGGAUAUAUGAGCUUUACAGCCACAGAUGGUUAGGGGCUCCUGCCAUUAAAACAAGGCAGAUGCCUGGACUCCCGACUCAGUAGGCCUUCUGCUACACCCCAAAAUGUGUUACAGGGAAGAAAAAGAUUACUUUUAAGAAAAAGCAAGAUAAUUUUGAAGAAGGCCAAGAGGGAAAGGCAUGAACUUGUCCUAACAAUAUCAAAGAAUAUUUUAAAUGUAUACCAGUUAAAGCAGUGUGUGGCUGGUGCCAGUAGAGGUCAGUCAAGGAAUCUCUGAUAAGAAUAAAGAGCCCAGAAACAGGUACAUGUUUAUAUGGGAACUUGAUUUUUGACAGAUAAGGCAAGCUCUCUGGGGAAAACAAUAUGUACUACCUUCUACCCUUCCCCAAAAACAAAUGGAUUAAAGACCUAAUAUGAAAAGCAAAACUUUUAAAUGAGAAUCUAUAAGGUUAUUUUUCAUUUUGCAAAUGGGAAGGAUUUUUUAAAAACGAGGCAAAAGCACACACAGGAAAAAAGGACUGUGUUAAAAAAGAAAUGGCUUCUAUAGAACAAUAGAUGCUGUGAAUAAAAGAACAAGCUACAGUCAGGAAGGAAAUGUUUGCACUUCAUAUAACUGACAAAGGAUUUGUAUCUGGAAUACAUUAAAAAAUGAAAGAACCUCUUACAAAAGUCACUGAGAAAAUGACAGCCAUGCAUUAGAAACUUAUGGUCUCAAGAUUUCUUUACACUCUUCAAAAGUGAGAACCCGAAAGUGUUUUUGUGUAUGUGGAUUAAGUCUAUUGAUAUUUUCUGUUAGAAUUCAAAAAUUAGUUAUUAAAAAAUAAUAAAAAUGACUAGUUUUCAAAACAAAAGCUUAAUGAGAAGAGUGGCAUUGUUUUACAUUUUUACAAAUCUCUUUAACAUGUAGCUUAAUAAAAGAUAGCUGACCUCUCA